AUGUCCAGUGAUCUUGUUGGAGAAAUUGUUGUGAUAAAAAGAAGUGGAAACGAUGGCGCCAGGUUUCCGUUGAGAUCUGCACACUGCACUUUCGGGAGGGAUCCAGAAUGUGAUAUUAGAAUCCAGAUACCCCAAGUUGCACUUGAACACGCAAAAAUUUAUUGUGAUAAUGGGAAGGUUUGGUUACAAAAUCUUGCCAAGGAAGUACCGACAUUGGUAAACAGCAGAGCAGUAGAUACGCAUGAAAUUUCACAUAAUGACGUUUUUACUAUAAGUCAGCGAUCUUUCCGCUUUGAAUUUCCAGAGAGAAGAAAAAGCGUCUCAAGACGCCAGUCAUCAGACACCUCUGAAGCCUAUACAGCAAGUCCUAAAACACCCACAGGAAAGGAUCUUCUACAGAUAUCCACAGCCAACAAGCCAAAAAGCCCAGCAAGUCUGAAGAAUGAUGAGCACAAAACAAGAUCUCCAAAUGGAACAGGUCUUGUCUCUCCAACAAAAACUUCAGUUGCAACUCCUGUCCAACAAAAAGAGAAUACACCAGAGGAACUGCUAUCAAAUGCAACUACACCUUCAAUUCUCAAGAAGGCAUCAGCAAAACGAUCUGAGAGGAAAAGGAUAUCUUUUGGUCCCACUCUAAGUCCGGAAUUGUUUGAUAAGACAAUGCCACCAUCCACUCCAUUAAGGAAAGGUAGAAGUCCAUCACGAAGAUUGUCAGAACCACUAAGAAAGGAUACUCCUGGAAAGUCUCCAAGUAAAAAAAGAUGCUCACUUGGAACAGCUUUGGGCAAAAUGCCAAUAGUGGAGGAAGAUGAGAAUGCAACAGGAGAUAAAGAUCCAGCAUCUAAUAAGAAUACAGAGGACGAAACUGAAGUUAAGAAGGAACAACCUACUGCUCCAACACCAUUGAGAGAGGAGAUAAAGAAAGGUGUUUCACUGAGGCAAACAAAGAAGAAGCUCGAUGCAGAAUUGCAGAAAGAGAUUCAGGAUGGGAAAGAGUUGAAAAAGACCAAGAAACCAGCACCAACUCCACUUAGAGCUGAAAUCAAGAAAGGUGUGAAACUAAGGCAGACAAAGAAGAAACUUGAUGCAAAAUUGCAGAUUGAGAUCAAGGAUGGAAAAGAGUUGAAAAAGACAAAGAAGUCAGCACCUACUCCAUUGAGGGCUGAAAUCAAGAAAGGCGUUCAGCUAAGAGCAACUAAAAAGAGACUUUCAGUCAAACUGCAAAAUGAAAUUAGAGCUGGAACAAAGUUGGCCCCAUUGCUUAAAAAAUCGCUGAAGACACCCAUCAGAAAUCAGAUCAAGUCAGGGAUUAAGCUGAGAAAGUUAAUGAAGAAAAUGUCUACACCCCUCAAGACUGAAAUUGCAUCAGGAAGAAAGUGCUUGAAAACAGCAAGCCAAAGUGAAUCUGACAACGCUAAGCAGGGAGAAAUUGUUAAAAAUAUUGAAAGCAGUAGAGGCGAGGAUGAAUCAAUGCAGAUAGAGGUUUGCCCUCUGAUUAAAGAAGAUUUAAGUCUUCAAACCGUUGUGAAAACACCAAAGACAAGUAAGCAUGUUGAGGUCGUUGAAGAACAUUUUGGACUUCCAAAACUUUUGAAAACUCCAAAAGAAAAGGCAUCUCAAGAUGUAUUUGAAGAGGAACAUUUGGGUCUCAAGCGGUUGAUGAAAACACCCAAAGUUAAGGAAGAUGCUAGUGCUGUUGAUGACCAUUUUGGGCUGAAGAGGCUGGUCAAGACACCAAAAGAAAAGUCUGUUGGUGAUUCAGAAGUUUCAGAACACCUUGGCUUGAAACGACUGAUGAAAACACCCAAAAACAAGACAGGAGGGAAUGUGCCUGUUGAUGGUGAGCUAGGGUUGAAAAUGUUAAUGGGGUCGCCAAUAGUACAACCUGUUCCUGUUGAGGGCCCUCAUUUGGAUAGUUUGUACUACACAACAACUGUUGAACAGCCUGUUAGCCACAGCCAUUCGAAAGAAGGCAAAAGCAGUACUCCAAAGAAUAAUUCAUCAAGGAAAAAGACACCAUUGAGGUCUAUUAAAGGCAGUCCAAGAACACCUCAUGCCGGGGAAUCAUUGAAGAAGUCUAUCACAAGAUUGCGACGGAAUUCGGCAGCUGUUCAGGAGGAAGAUGAAGCUCUCGUAUCUUCAGAUUUGUUGUUAAACACUUCUCUUGAAAGAUCUGUUGAUGGAAAACCAGCAGAAAGUUCAGUGCCAAAAGUAACAACUCCAUCAUUACUUAAGAAGAAAGCAUCAGCAAAAAGAUCUGAGAAGAAGAGGAUAUCCUUUGGUCCUAGCCUUAGCCCUGAAUUGUUUGACAAGACAUUGCCACCAUCUACACCACUGAGGAGAGGAAAAAGUCCAUCAAGAAGAUUGUCAGAGCAAAUGCACAAGGCUACACCUGGAAGUACUCAGAAGAAGCAGAGGUGCUCCCUUGGAACAGCUUUGGGCAAAAUGCCAAUCAUGGAGGAGGAAGAAGAUGGAAUUGAGUUGAAGAAAAAACACCCUACUGCUCCAACACCACUGAGAGAGGAGAUAAAGAAAGGUGUUUCACUUAGACAGACAAAGAAGAAGCUUGAUUCAAAAUUGCAGAGAGAGAUUCAGGAUGGGAAAGGGCUGAUAAAAACAAAGAAGUCAGCACCAACUCCAUUGAAAGCUGAGAUUAAAAAAGGUGUGAAACUAAGGCAGACAAAGAAGAAGCUUGAUGCAAAAUUGCAGAAAGAGAUCAAUGAUGGAAAAGAGUUGAAAAAGACAAAGAAGUCAGCACCUACUCCAUUGAGGGCUGAAAUCAAAAAAGGCGUUCAGCUAAGAGCAACUAAAAAGAGACUUUCAGUCAAAUUGCAAAACGAAAUUAGAGCUGGAACAAAGUUGGUCCCAUUGCUUAAGAAAUCGCUGAAGACACCCAUCAGAAAUCAAAUCAAAUCAGGAGUGAAACUACGAAGGACAAUAAAGAAAAUGUCUACUCCCCUGAAGGCUGAGAUACAUGCAAGAAGAAUUUCGUCUAGAUCUACAAAGAAAGUUGAGACUGUCAAACCAGUCACUGAGAAGGCAACAGUCCAGGAUUCGGAAGUCACAACAACUAGCAGCGGCAGACACCUUCUUAAGGCUAAGCGUAGACUUGGAACAAAUCGUGCACCAGAACCAACAACAGGUGCAUUGGAGAUACCUAGAAGAUUAUCGGCAAAGAUUGAGCGACCAGCAAAGAAGAAAAUUUGCAGAAGAACCACACCGAAGAAGAUGGUAGAGCUCCGAGACCAAAUGGUUGCAGACAAGUAUGAUUGCAGCUUAGAAACUGAAGUAUCUGCAGAAGUCACUGAACAACCUUGGGUUGCUUCUCCUGCGAUUGCAUUGCAGUCUGCUGGAACCGCCAAAGAAACCACUCCGAAGUCAGCUGGGUUGUCUGCGGAUUCCUAUCUGUGUGGGAGACCCUGUGAAGAUCUCAGCAACUUCUCAAAGAUACCAGACGUUUGCGUUGCUUCAUCUUUUGCAAAUGCUGAUGAUCUACCCGUCGAGGAAGAUCUUGGUCUUAAGGAGUUGAUGAAAACACCAAAGGCAAGAGAGGACAGUGAAACUGCCGAAAAUCCCAAAGAAAAGGCAUCUCAAGAUGUAAUGGAAGAGGAACAUUUGGAACAACUGAUGAAAACACCCAAAAACAAGAUAGAAGGGAAUGUAUCUGUUGAUGGUGAGCUCGGGUUGAGAAGACUGUUCCGAUCACCAAAAGAGCAACAUGUUCCUGUUGAGAGCCCACAUUUAAGUAGUUUGUUCAGGGAGUCCAAAAUCAAGCAGGCAGAAGUUAUCAAUAAUUACGGUCUCCGACGGCUUGUCCAGUCUCCCAAACAUCGAGUUGCCAAAGCAAACAAAUACAGCAUUGAACCUGGAACACUGCCGGUAAUGUUCAAACCAGAAAAAGAAGUUUGCGUGCCAGUGGAAAACAUGAACUUACAAGAUCUUUUCGUGGAAAAAUAUUGUGAAGAUGAUAGUUCGCCUGCUGCCGAAUUUUUGCAACAGGUGGUUCCACCAAGUUUGAAAACAGCAGCGGCCAGUCAAGCUCUCCCUGCAAGACAGACAAGAAAAGGAAAAUCCGCUAAAGAUGUACUUUUGGAAAAGACUGUUGAGCUGGCCAAGAAAAAAGAUGAAGUUGUGAGUACAGAGAACAGUGGAAACCAGGCAAGAUCGACAAGGCAAAGACGAAGAGGAGCAGCCUCUAAGAUGAAGGAGUCAGCAGAGGUAGAAGAGAUUGCAGACACGCUGGAGUCGACUGCAAAACCUUCCGAGGAGCCAAUUGUGUCUGCCGAUGAGAAUGCAGAUGUGGUUGUAGAAUCUAAACCAAGUCAAACUGCUGAUGAGACUGAAGUUAUGACUACGGAAUCAAAUGAAGUUCAAGAGCCAAUACCGAAAAGGCAGACAAGACGGGGCACAAGGAAAGGUAGUUCUGCAAACAAGGCUACAAAACUACGACAGGAACAACCGGUGCAAAUGAAAGAAGACAAAGAAAUUGAUAAGGAUGUUAGUGGAAUUCAGAAGACAAGGCAGACGAGAAGAAGUGUGGCAUCAAAAGCCAAAAAGUCCCCCCAAGCAUUGAAAAACCAUUUGGAGGCAAUUGCGGAGUUACCUGAGGAAUCAAAUGCUCCAAUUAAUGAAAGUGAAACUGCAGCUGUUAUUGUCAAAGAGAUCCAGCAAACACGGCAGACAAGAAGAGGUGCAACCUCAAAAGCGGCACAGUCAGCAAAUGUGGAGGAUGCUGUUAGCAGUACUGAACCAGUGGCAGAAGUUUCUAGAAAAACUAGGCAGACACGGAAGAGGCAAAGAGCUGCAGUCUCUAAGACUGAAGAAACUGCGGAAGUGGUUGAAGAGGCUAAGAAUGUGGCGCAAGCAGCUGAGGGGCAAGUUGGAUCUGGCAAUGGAAGCGAUGAUGUUGAUAUGGAAGCAAAAGAAGUUCCAAAAACACAGACCACUAGGCAGUCAAGGAGGGGGAGGUCUUCGAAGUCGAUGCAAGCUGUAAAGAUAGAAGAAACUGUUAGAAAUGUGGAGACGAAUGCAGAGGUUUCUCAGGAGCAUAUUGUACCAGUCUCCGAGGGUGUAGUUGCCCAAGCUGAAGCAAAUCAAACCAAGGAGACAAAGCCUAGAAGACAGACAAGAAGAGGUACUGUGUCAAGAAGUAAACGAUCUGUGAAAGUGGACGAUAACCUUGACAACGCUGAAUCUCUUUCAAAGAUGCCAAUAGAGCAAGACAAUGCACGUCAAGGUGACCAAACAGAAUUGGAAGCUGUCCAAGUGGAAGAGUCACUACCAACUAGGCGGACAAGAAGAGGAGGAUCCUCAAAGGCCAUCGUGUCCGAGGAGGUUGACAGUGUUGUCGCCAAGGUUUCUGAAGUUAAAUCAACCAGGCAAACACGACGUGGCAAAAACCUAAAGUCGGUUGAGCAAGAGGUUGCCCCGAGUAGCAAAAGGAAACGGGCCGUCACAGUGGAAAAUAACGUAGACGUGGAAACAUUGCCAAUGCCUGAACCGAAACGCUCCAGACGGGGAGAAAAAACAUUGAAAGCGGCAACUGAACCAAGACAGGGACGCUCUCUUAGAUCAACGAGAUUGACUACACGCUAAGACAAAACAAGCAUUCACGAUAUCUGUAUAUAUGAUUUUUUAUAUCUUUUAACUUUAUAUUUACUUGAAUGGCAGUUGCACUUUCGGUUGAUGUGAAAUUUGUUAAGGCCAAUAUUACAGCUACCAUGUACAAUAGCACACUUACCAAGAUGCAAUUUGAAGCUCUGCGAGUACACUAAAGUGACACGGGAUUAGUUAAGCAUAUUUUUAUGUAGCUCUUUGAUUUUAUGUUAGUGGCUUUCCUCUGCAGAACGUUUUAAGCUUUUGGUCUUCUUACUCUUCUGUGCUUAAUUGUAGUGGGAAGGGGCCAAACUGAAAUUGUUCACCCUCAUUAGCAUUUUACAAUGACGCCCCCCCCCCAUCAUUUAAUUGUCACCCUCCCAUAUUAGUGACUCGAACUGCAAAUAUAGACUAUCAACCAGGAACAAAAUGCAAUAGUAAACUGACAAACACAGUAACUUUAAUAUCAACUAUAAAAAAGCAGAAUUUCCAUUGGGUCAUUUUAUUUUGACCCCCCCCCCCCAUUUUCAAUUUUUUUUAAAUACCCCCUCCCCUGCCUAUUCCCCCUCUAUAAUUUGGUCACGUAAGAGUACGUAUACUAUAUGAUUUGACAGCUCGUAUCUUGUACAUAUUAGUUUAGCUUUAGUGUAAUCAUAUUGAUUUUAUGUUUUUAAUGUUUUGAGGGAUAUCUAUUUCCGUGCGAACAUAUCAGAUUGUUUUUUGUUU